CAACUUUGUUCAUCACCACAACAACUAUUUGCCUUCGUUGUCAACAAGUGAAAAAGCUCUCCUACCGUGAUGCUUUUCGAUGUCACCCGGCUACUCAUUCUCACGUUGGGGCUAGAUGCACUUGUAAAAACACCAGCUGAAGUUCGGCAUCGAUCCUGGCCGCAUUUCACACGGCAUGAUUGACGGCGUUCUCAAAGAGUUGAUGCCCACGGUUACUUACAGCUGUACAUGCACACAUGUGCGAUCGAUCAACCGUUGUAAUGCAUGCCGCAUGACGACCAACGAGAGUAUGGAUCAUCCGCAUCGUCAUCGCCGUCUCGGCACGGCAAUGGCGGGGUCACUAACGGUGGAUAGACACCACCGUCAAAAAAGGCAACUUACUCUGAGCUGCGGCGGUACCAGUGCUGUUAGCACGGAAACGUCCAUGACAAUGUCCGCACGACCCAGCAGCUCCAUAUCCAACGAGUAUGGCUGUCAGUCAAGCAGCACAAUUUCGCGCUAGCACAAUGCGACUAUUCGAGACGGACAGCAACUGUCACGAGUGUUAACCUCCCAUGUUGAUAAACUUGGAACGCAGUUAAACGGAUUUGCUAGCGCGGAUGUUCAUCCCACUGCAGUAUGCUGCUGUUCCCAGACGUAUGCAGGUGGCAGUCAGCUCAAAGUUAUUUCCCCGCUGCUCAGGAGCUGCAGGAUAGCUCGUCAAGGCGGUGCUACGAUCAACGUCAGUGCUCCUGACGUCACGGAGCGUCAAUUUGCAAUUUUUGCUUGGAUUUUUUUUUAGAUAGAAGACAGAUUUUAGACCAAUCGAAACUAGCGUGGAGCAAUCGCAGUGCAAAAAAGCCUACAAUUACAGCUCGUUCUGGUGACUGGGCUCGUGCAUAGUCCUGGGGUUGCAUCGGGUCGAUGACCUCGCAACGAUGGCAUGUCCGCAAUGCAAACUGCAUGGAGCGGCGAUGGCAAGUUUUAGGCGCUCCACCCUCUGGAGCGCCUCGAGUCUUUGUACCACAAAAGUCUGCUUGGAAUCUCUCUAAAUAGUAAUCUUAGAUGUAGCUUCCCUUUCAGAGCGCGUAUUUCGUAUUAAGAAGGGUUUUUAAUUAAGAAUAGUAAUUUUUCGUUGGUGGUUCGAAAAGCUCAGCAAGUGCAGUAACCG